CUUGGCAAAUAUAAUCGGAGACCUGCUUCCACCCCCCCUGUGUGAUCCGGAACUGGCGCUACAACCUAAAUCAAGCACGAAACAAGCGAGAAAAUUAGUUACUUCAAUGCAGUGGAGUGGAAUAUUCUAUGAUAUCUCUAGACUCUACUCCGUACGCGGUCUCUAUAUUACUGGGAGGCUCCACAUCCAUCGGUGAAUUUAUAUAAGUAAAUCAAGGUGCAAUGCAGCAUAACCCGCACUCCACCACGCUCAAGUGAUACCUCCUCAUCCUAUGGCUGCUCCACACGCUAGCUAGGCCCGUCAAAAAUGCUUCGCCCCCAUUCUACGGGCAUGUGACUUCGGUGCCGGCGCUUUACUUGGACAUCCCUGUGCUUGAGCGAUGUGUUCAUUGGCGCUCAUAUUUGUAGGAAUGACUUCGCCCGUGGCAGCGGACCCAUCUUUCCCUCUUGGUCCUUGGCAAGCACACUAGUUGGGCAACCAAAUGUCACGAUGCGGCUCCAAGGAACGCCAGGGAGAAAUGACAGGAGAUAAAUUAAAAAGGGCCUCAACGUGCCUGGGGGGAUUGUUCGUAAAUCUCCUCCCUUUCUUUACGCGUUAUUUGAGGAGGGGAAAUUCAACGAUUUGCACAUACACAAUUACCCCACUUCCCAUACAGCAGAAAUCCCUCUCGUGGAUUGGAGUGAAAGAUGUACUUGAGAGAUCCAUCCCGAUACUUGCGCUAUUGCUUGCGCUGUCCGCAUCUACAGCUGCGUCUGUCUUGAAUCGAGCGCACUCGGGGUUAAGAAUCGCUCUCAGCAACGCGGGACCAUGCAGCCUCAAAACCGAAAACGCCUACGUGUCAGUGUUUCAAUGUGAAAAGAACAUAUGUCGGUCAAGCCCCAAGCUUGAAGCUGCUGGCUGUUGCGAGCCGGAUGGAUGCUCCUGGUACAAGUCUUGCAUUCCAUAUGACUCCGUCGAACGACGUUCUUCUGAUCUGACAUCGGAUACAAUUCUUUCCUGUUCCGAUUCAACCCAAAAAUACUGCCAGUUCGCUACAUUCAGAAAGGAGUCUCAGCCUGAAUCAGGGUAUACUCGAGGGAUAUGCACGUCGAACCCCCCUGAAUCUGACCUCCGAAUCCAUCUCCUCGUGGCCAACUCGGAAGCUAUCGUUUCGCAGCCCCGCGAAGAUGACCGCGCUUACCAGCUCAGGAUUCGAGGAAUGCCUCACCGACUUUCAAAGCGAGCAUCAGCCUUAAGCGAUAGAAAUGCGGGAAUCGUGGGCGGCCUUGUAGCAUUCUGGGUAAUUAUUCUCCUCACCCUUUGCAUUUGUGUGGCCUCGAGAAAAAAUCGGGACCCUCCAGCAGCGCCCGCGGCGGCUGCAUCGGCCCAGAACAACACGACGGUAUAUGUCAUGGGUCCUCCACCCGGUCAACCGGGCCAACCCCAAGAUCCAAACGUCCAACACCCUCCCCUAGCCUAUAUUCUACCCGCGGGCUCGGCGCAAGCAUCGGCCGGCCACCCACAAACUAUAUACAUCCAAGGCCCACCUCCGCCAGGGGCUCAACCUAUCCAGUUUAUGCCAGCGCCUAGGCCAAUUCCAGAACCACAUCCGUCAUAUACCCAACCACCGCCAGCAUACCAAAAGUGAAACACUAGUUCGUGAUACGGUAUGGUACUUAUGGCGGUUUGUUUUUGGACUUAAUGGUUUAUUUACUGGCAUAUUAUGGGGCGAAGUGGCGUGCAUUUGUGAAACAUAUUAUGGCUCUCGUUGCGAUGGUUUAUGCGACGAUAUAAUGUAAUGUAAUGUACACACAUUCUAAUGGUAACCUGUUUCUAAACGACGGGAGCUGGCAGAGAGUGCUGGUCUUUAUUAUGUACUGUACGUGUGCUCGUAACUAUCCGUUGCAUGGUAGCUACCGAAACUUAAUACUUAAUUCGCGGCAAGCCAAUAGGAUUACCUCACUGCCUUAGAUCCAUCCAUCUCUUCU